CACGUCCAAAAGAUCGACAGAAGGACUCUCACUGUGGCGGUCACAAUGCAUGUUCCUUUAGUGCUCGCACUACUAUUUGCUCAGUUUGUGCUGGUUUUCAACCAAGAACUUUUUCCGAAUCUGACGAGACCCGUGAGCCAUAAGAGAAAUGUAACGAUUGUUCAGAGAAAUUACACCAAGCAAGAGUGGAGACAGAUCCAGAAGAACCUUAAGCCUAAGCCGGAUGUUAUCAAAGGAAAACCAAUUGUUCAGCCUCGUGGUGCAGGACGUCUGGCAGCUAAAGUGAAUCCAUUUCUGUAUGGUGGCAGCUCCGCAAAACCAGGACAGUUUCCGUGGCAUGUUAUUAUUGCUUUUUAUUCUUGGUCCGACGGUGCCCUUUGUGGUGGUUCUCUAAUUAUGCCAAAUUUCGUCCUUACUACUGCCGCGUGCAUAAAUACGACUAUCCCCCCACAAAAUCACUUUUUAGGUUUUGGUGCAGUAAGCCUGAGUGUUUACACGCCGGGAAGCCAGCUCAGGUUAGGUUCAGCAUUGUACACUCAUCCACAGUUCAACUCAACCUAUUUAACAAAUAACGUCGGUCUAAUUCGAUUCGACACUCCUUUAACUUUAUCAGACACGAUCAACCUGAUUGCUCUUCCUUCCCUGAGAGACGCUACCAAAACUUUUGAAGGUAUUCAAGGAGUCCUUUCAGGGUUUGGUUUCGAACAAUUUGGCGAAUGGAAUGGACCUAAUAGCACUUUAAAGUAUGUCUUACAACCAGUCGUAUCCAGCGAGUUAUGUGUUAAGCAAUAUGGCACUCAAUGGUACACGAACAGAAACCUAUGCAUCUUAGAAUCAAAUGCACUUUCUAAAGGACCUUGCUGGUUUGAUGAGGGUGGUGCCUUGGUGCAUAACAUCAGUAAUGUCUGGGUGCAAAUCGGAAUCUAUUCGUAUUCUCCAACACAUUACUGCGGAUUUAAAGAAAAUUUAACGUCGACUUACGUUCGAGUUACUUCACAUCUAGGAUGGAUUUCUACAAUUGUUGUUCAGGACUAUGAGAAUGCCACAACUACAUCGACUUCAACAUCCACUUCAACGUCCACUUCAACAUCCACUUCAACAUCCACUUCAACGUCCACUUCAACAUCAACUUCCACCUCAACCUCGACAACCACAACGUCCACAACAACAACGCCGCCGAAGUCAACAAUCUUAUGCUCAACAGCUAACUUCACUAGUGGAUUAAGCUGUUGCAACAAACCAACUAAUACCCUUGUACCAUACGUCGCCAGCCAAAGAAUAUGCAGUGCAACAUCAGCAAAUGACCAUGUACCGUUCAACGUGUACGCACUGAACAUUUGUCAAGCAAAAAUAAACAAACCUAUCAACUCAAUGAACUUUAACGACAAAAUCUUAAUGGCUCUUUUGGCCCCAAAAGCAUGCUUUGUCAACUGUUUCCUCACUACAAAAGGCAUAAUGAAUUCCGCCACAUCGUCUGUUAACUUGGUAUUAUUAUCGAAGCUCCUCACAGCGCAGCAGACUGACACAACUUGGAUCGCAAAAAUCAACCAAGCAGUGACAGUCUGCUCCAAAGACGUAGCCAAGCUCAGUAUUCCCAAAUUUUCCACUUUACUUGGCUCAAAAUGUAAUGGAACUGCAGUAGUUCUGCUCCAGUGUGUCGUCUAUAAAUUGAUACAGAGCUGCCCAUCAAGAUCGACUACCACUACUUGCUCACAGAUGUAUUCUGGAUUUGACCAAUGCGCACCUAACGCGUUUUCCCCAUUCAUCUCGACUGGAGCAAGGCAGGGAGCUCAUAUAACGAGCGAGCAAAAGCAAUUUCAACUAGAACACGAACUCAACAUCCUAGGUGACGAUUUAAAUUAUUUUUAAUAGUUUCUCUCUGCUAUUGAUAAUCUAUUAUUGAAAAUUCGGCUCACUAUCGGCGAAAAUAAAUGUUUUUGUGGUUAAAUCAGUUCAAUGUGUUGCACACCAAUAAAAAAUUCAAUUGGAA